AUGCUCCUGCUGGCAAGCGAUAACCCCGCAACGAUCAUGCCUGACAUUCGCCCUCCCACAUCAACAGACGAGCAAAACACCAACUCUUCCGGAGGUCGUCAGAUGAACGACGGCAACGCCAGCAUGAGUGGUGAUACCGUGAGUUUCCUAUCCUCGCUCCGUUGAGCUCCGGUCGAGUUCGGUUGAGCCGACGGCGUUGGCGGUCAAAUUGUCGAUGUCGGCGCGCGCACGCAAGGGCUGAUGUGGAGCGCCGCCGACGAGUCGGUCCUCUGGAGUUUGUUGGCGGUGGUUUUGGUGUGAUGGUAGAUGGGUUGUGGCUGCCUUUGAACGACUAGGGGAUGGUGCUUCAGUGCUAUUCGCUGACUCAAUUAUGAUCAUGUAUCCCCCACUUCAGUCGUCGCGCGACAGUGAGUCACCAUCGAGCAAAUUCGAGCUGGCUUCUGGCAGGUGUUUCGAUGACUGACGUCAAACUUUUUUAAUUCCAGACGUCAACAACGAAGGUGACGUCACCAACAAGUCCUUCUCUUCUUCCGACGCUUCGUCGGACCAAUUCUCCGCCGAUGGUGCAUCCUCCGCUACUUCGGCCGGUCAAUCGGGGACCGCUGGGGGUCUCGGCUCGACGGGCAAGUACAGCGAUGUCCAGGGUGGAUCGAAGUGUAAGUUAAUCCAGUUCAUAGGGAUCGCUACGAGAACAAGAAUGGCUAGCUGAUGGUCGAAUGUUUGUAAUUGGGUUGAACACAGACGAUAACGAGCAGACCGAGACGUACUCGACUUCCGACAACUCGGGCGAGGGCCGCGGUGGCGCCUACAAGAGUCGUUCGGGAGGGAGGAACCAGGGCGACGACUAUGCCACGAUGAGUGGUGAUGCGGUGAGUCCCAAAUCUUGAUAGAUACUGGUAGACACUCCCACACUGACACAUCGGUACCUUCCCUGACCCGUCUCGUAGUCCUCAAAGCCGAGUAGGCUAAUCUUUGAAAAUGGGGUCUGCGCUGCAAAUCGGCAAAACUGAUGUUCCCGGCUUUCGUCUCGUAGAUGUCAACAACGAGCUUCCUUCAGAGGACCAAGACAACGCCAACUUCAAAUCUUCAAGCUCGAGGACUCGUGAAUCGGGCAACGACUACGAAGGUGGAGGAUCGUACGAGGGUGCCAAGGGUUACGGCCAACCCCGUGUCGAGAAGGACCAGGCCACGGGGGACUUCCAGUAG